CCUUCACCCUUCCUCUUUCAUAAAACACCACCUUCCCUCAACAUUCCGCCCUCACUACCUCUCAUCUUCACUUCUCCAUUGUCCACCAUGGAAGCCAGUGCUGGCCUGGUCGCUGGAUCCCAUAACCGGAACGAGCUUGUUGUCAUUCAUGGCCAUGAGGAGCCCAAGCCCUUGAGGUCUUUGAAUGGUCAGGUGUGUGAGAUAUGCGGUGACGAAAUCGGUCUGACGGUGGAUGGAGAGGUGUUUGUGGCCUGCAAUGAGUGUGGUUUUCCGGUUUGCCGGCCUUGCUAUGAGUAUGAAAGGAGAGAAGGGAGCCAGCUUUGCCCUCAGUGCAAGACCAGAUUCAAGCGUCUCAAAGGGUGUGCAAGGGUGGAGGGGGAUGACGAUGAAGAAGACAUUGAUGAUAUUGAACAUGAAUUCAACAUCGAUGAUGAACAAAACAAGAAUAAGCUUAUCGCAGAAGCUAUGCUUCAUGGGAAGAUGAGCUAUGGACGUGGCCCUGAAGAUGACGAUAACGCUCAAUUCCCACCUGUUAUAACUGGUGUUCGAUCCAGACCUGUGAGUGGAGAGUUCCCAAUUUCGUCUCAUGCCCCUGGAGAGCAGGGGCUGUCAUCUUCACUUCAUAAACGUGUGCACCCUUAUCCAGUGUCUGAACCAGGAAGCGCGAGAUGGGAUGAGAAGAAAGAGGGAGGGUGGAAAGAGCGAAUGGAUGACUGGAAAAUGCAGCAAGGGAACCUCGGCCCUGACGCUGACGACUACAAUGACCCUGACAUGGCCAUGAUUGAGGAAGCGAGGCAGCCACUGUCAAGGAAAGUACCGAUUGCUUCAAGCAAGGUCAACCCUUACAGAAUGGUGAUCGUGGCUCGGCUUCUUGUUUUGGCGUUCUUCCUUCGCUAUAGAAUUUUGAAUCCUGUACAUGAUGCCCUUGGGCUUUGGCUAGUGUCUGUGAUAUGUGAGAUCUGGUUUGCCUUCUCAUGGAUUCUUGAUCAGUUCCCCAAGUGGUUCCCCAUUGAUCGCGAGACAUAUCUUGAUCGCCUUUCUUUCAGGUAUGAGAGGGAAGGGGAGCCCAAUAUGCUCUCUCCGGUGGAUAUCUUUGUCAGUACUGUGGAUCCCUUGAAGGAACCUCCACUUGUUACAGCUAACACAGUUCUUUCAAUCCUCGCCAUGGACUACCCUGUCGACAAAAUCUCAUGCUACAUCUCAGAUGAUGGAGCUUCCAUCCUGACCUUUGAAGCACUCUCUGAAACUGCAGAAUUCGCUAGGAGAUGGGUUCCCUUCUGCAAGAAAUUCUCCAUAGAGCCUCGAGCUCCUGAGAUGUACUUCUCUCUCAAGAUUGAUUAUCUCAAGGACAAAGUCCAGCCUACCUUUGUUAAGGAGCGCCGCGCUAUGAAGAGGGAAUAUGAAGAAUUCAAGGUCCGGAUCAAUGCAAUUGUUGCAAAGGCCGUGAAAGUUCCUCCAGAAGGGUGGAUCAUGCAAGAUGGAACUCCAUGGCCGGGGAACAACACCAAGGAUCACCCAGGUAUGAUUCAGGUUUUUCUUGGACACAGUGGAGGUCUCGAUGCAGAAGGAAAUGAGCUGCCUCGCCUUGUCUAUGUCUCUCGUGAGAAGAGGCCUGGUUUCCAUCAUCACAAGAAAGCUGGGGCCAUGAAUGCCCUGAUUCGUGUCUCCGCAGUCCUCACAAAUGCUCCUUUCAUGCUUAACUUGGAUUGUGAUCAUUAUCUAAACAAUAGCAAGGCUGUUCGAGAGGCAAUGUGCUUCUUGAUGGAUCCACAAACUGGAAGGAAGGUUUGUUAUGUCCAAUUCCCUCAAAGAUUUGAUGGCAUAGAUAGGAACGAUCGAUAUGCCAACAGAAACACAGUCUUCUUUGAUAUUAACAUGAAGGGUCUAGAUGGGAUUCAGGGCCCGGUAUAUGUGGGUACUGGAUGUGUUUUCAGAAGACAAGCCCUAUAUGGAUAUGAUCCUCCAAAGGGUCCCAAGCGCCCGAAGAUGGUAAGCUGUGAUUGCUGCCCCUGUUUUGGACGCCGCAAAAAGCUUCAAAAGUAUGCUAAACAUGGUGAAAAUGGAGAAGGAUUGGAAGAAGACAAAGAAAUGUUGAUGUCUCAGAUGAACUUUGAAAAGAAAUUUGGACAGUCAGCUAUUUUCGUAACCUCUACUUUAAUGGAGCAAGGUGGUGUCCCUCCUUCCUCAAGUCCAGCAGCCCUGCUUAAGGAAGCCAUUCAUGUCAUCAGCUGUGGCUAUGAAGACAAAACUGACUGGGGAUUGGAGUUGGGAUGGAUAUAUGGGUCCAUUACAGAGGAUAUUCUAACAGGGUUCAAGAUGCAUUGCCGUGGUUGGAGGUCUAUAUACUGCAUGCCAAAGAGACCAGCAUUUAAGGGGUCAGCUCCCAUUAACUUGUCUGAUCGUCUCAACCAGGUGCUUCGGUGGGCUCUUGGCUCUGUUGAAAUCUUCUUCAGUCGUCACAGCCCUGUCUGGUAUGGCUACAAGGGAGGAAACCUCAAGUGGCUCGAGCGAUUUGCAUAUGUCAACACAACAGUCUAUCCCUUCACCUCCUUACCUCUCCUUGCCUAUUGUACUCUUCCUGCCAUCUGCUUGCUCACCGGAAAAUUCAUCAUGCCGACGAUAAGCACUUUCGCAAGUCUCUUCUUCAUUGCUCUCUUUAUCUCUAUCUUCGCAACUGGCAUUCUGGAACUGAGGUGGAGUGGAGUGAGCAUUGAGGAAUGGUGGAGAAAUGAGCAGUUCUGGGUCAUUGGUGGUGUGUCAGCUCAUCUCUUUGCAGUGGUGCAGGGUCUUCUGAAGGUUUUGGCUGGAAUAGAUACCAACUUCACAGUCACAUCAAAGGCAGUCGAUGAUGAGGAGUUCGGGGAGCUGUAUACCUUCAAAUGGACCACCCUCCUUAUCCCUCCAACCACUCUCUUAAUCAUCAACCUUGUUGGAGUAGUGGCUGGGAUCUCUGAUGCCAUAAACAAUGGGUACCAAUCAUGGGGACCUCUAUUCGGGAAGCUCUUCUUUGCCUUCUGGGUGAUUGUUCAUCUCUACCCAUUCCUCAAAGGUCUCAUGGGGCGGCAGAACCGGACACCUACCAUUGUUGUCAUAUGGUCUGUGCUUCUGGCUUCUAUCUUCUCCUUGCUUUGGGUCCGAAUUGACCCAUUCAUAUUAAAGACCAAGGGACCUGAUGUUAAGCAAUGUGGAAUCAAUUGCUGAAGCAUCACUUCCACUUCUUUGUUUGGUGCAGCUCCAGAUAUACAUGUAAAUCUUGUUUGUUACAAGUAUGGUAUAUGAACCAACAAUAUAGAGCUGCACAAGAGAAAUAAAGCUAGAGUGAAAGUUUUGUGUAGUAUAAUGCUCUAUAUUCAGUUUUGUAUGUGAAUUAAAAGAAAGUGCUGCUUGUGAUUCUUUUAAGAAUUCUAGUUCAUGGAUUGCAGAUCAA